UUGCAGAGCUCCUCUGACAGGGAGUCCACCCUGACCAUCCUCCAGGUCCUCGGAGAUCUGCUUUCCGUUGGCACAGACCGGAGGAUUUGCUACGUGAUCAGCAAGGGUGGUAGUGAAGCCCUUCUGCAGACCCUGGUGGACACAGCCAGGACAGCUUCUCCAGACUAUGAUAUCCUCUUGCCCCUCUUCCGGCUGCUGGCCAAAGUUGGCCUACGAGAUAAAAAGUUUGGACAGAAGGCACUGGAAUUUGAAGCACUUGAUGUGACAUUGAUUCUGGCGAGGAAAAACCUGUCUCACAGCCAGAACCUUCUCCACUGUCUCUGGGCUCUGCGUGUCUUUGCCUUUAGUGUCACCACAGGAGCCAUGCUGGGAAUUAAUGGAGCGAUGGAACUGCUUCUCAAGAUCAUCACCCCUUAUACCCAGAAGCGCACCCGAGUAAUCAGGGCAGCCACUGAAGUUCUGGCAGCAUUGCUGAAAUCCAAGUCUAACAGCCGCAGGGCAGUGAACAGAGGCUAUGUUGCCAUCUUGCUCUGGCUGCAUCAGGACUGGCACAGCCAUGACACGACCAAUUCCUACGUGCUGAUCCGCAGGGCGCUUCUGCUUUGCCUCAGGCAUAUUGCCAACCUCCGGUCUGGCAGGGAGGCCUUCCGGGCAGCUCAGGGCAUGGAGAUCCUUUUCAGCACCACACAGAACUGCCUGGAUGACAAAAGUCUGGAGCCUGUCAUCUCCCUUGUGCUUCAGAUCCUGAGGCAAUGCUACCCUAAGAGUCCACUUCCCUUGGUCACAGCCAGCAGUGCUUAUUCCUUCCCAGCGCCUGGGAGCACCGCCUCUGAACCUCCAUGUGUUCUAACUGAAGAAGAUUUUGAAGAUGAUGGCGAGGAAGAAGAGGACAAAGACUCAGAUUCUGAAGAUGUGAAAAAGGAAGAUGAUGACUUGGAAACAGAUGUGAACAAGCUGAGCUCCAAACCUGGUCUUGAUCGACCUGAAGAGGAACUGAUGCAAUAUGAGGCGAUGUGUCUUGAGCUCUCCUGCAGUUUUGAGGAACUGGAGUCCAAACCUGGAGAUGGUUUGAACUUUGACAAGACUCAGUAUGCCAGUCACCACCACAUUCUGACUGCUGCUUCCCCAAAAGGGCUUUGCUUGAAUAAGGACCAAAUCUCCUGGGGACAAGAAAGAGAAGUCCCUGUCCAGACCUCCCUUCUGAGCAGAGUGAAGAUGGGGAGGUCCAACAUACAUCUAACCUCCAAAAAAGGACCUGGAAUGAACCCAUACCGAAAUGCACAAUCCAAUGGUCUUGGGAUAGGUUCUUCUGGAAGUGAAACCUCAGGCAUUCAGGCGUCCUUCAAAGAGGAUGCUUGGGACAUAGAUGCGAUUUCCUGCCCAAGGAUAAGUGCCUCCUUUUCCAAUUCCACUAGACCCAGAGAAACUGCUGAAUUAAUAGAUAAGCUCCUGCAGACACAUCCGACGCAUAUCGCCUUCCAUGACCCCUAUCUUUAUAUGGCCAAAGCUAGAAGAACCAGAUCUGUGUCUGACUUCGCAAUGACGGCAUUUCCUGAUUUCUGGGGGCAUUGUCCACCUCCCUCUGCCCAGUCCAUGUUGGAACGUAAAUGUGGAGUCCAAAGGAUCAAAAUAUUUGAGGAUGUCCGGAGGCUCAUCCAGCCAAGCGAUAUUAUAAAUAAAGUUGUCUUCAGUCUAGAUGAGCCUUGGCCUUUGCAAGACACCACUUCUGACUGCUUACGGUUCUUCUCCAAGUUUGAGUCUGGAAAUCUUCGCAAAGCCAUCCAAGUGCGUGAGUUGGAGUACGACUUACUGAUCAAUGCUGAUGUGAAUAGCACACAGCACCAGCAGUGGUUCUACUUCAAGGUGAGCGGUAUGAGGGAGGAGGUCCCUUAUCGCUUCAACAUUAUCAACUGUGAGAAGGCCAACAGCCAGUUCAAUUACGGGAUGCAGCCAACUCUGUAUUCUGUGAAGGAGGCUCUUCUUGGCAGACCUGCCUGGGUACGGACAGGCUAUGAAAUCUGUUAUUACAAAAAUCAUUAUCGCCAGAGCGCAGCCAUCACAGGGGCAGAGUCUGGGAAGUGCUAUUACACCCUCACCUUUGCCGUCACCUUCCCGCAUGCCGAGGAUGUCUGCUACCUGGCCUACCACUAUCCCUACACCUACACCGCCCUCAUGACUCACCUUGACGUUCUGGAAAAAAGCGUGAACCCCAAGCAGGUCUACUUCCGUCAGGAGGUUCUCUGCCAGACGCUAGGAGGGAAUUCAUGUCCAUUGGUGACCAUCACUGCCAUGCCCGAGUCUAACAGCGCUGGCCACCUGGAGCAGCUCCGGCAGCGCCCAUACCAGGUGAUUACUGCUCGAGUUCACCCAGGAGAGAGCAAUGCCAGCUGGGUGAUGAAGGGGACCUUGGAGUUCCUGGUCAGCAGUGACCCUGUGGCUAGGCUCUUGAGGGAAAACUUCAUUUUCAAGAUCAUCCCCAUGCUCAACCCAGAUGGUGUCAUCAAUGGCAACCACAGAUGCUCACUGAGAGGAGGGGAUUUGAACAGACAGUGGCUCUCUCCCAGUGCCCAUCUGCAGCCCACAAUUUACCACGCCAAAGGGCUCCUGCACUACCUGGGCAGCAUCGGCCGGCGUCCCAUGGUCUUCUGUGAUUUCCAUGGUCACUCCCAAAAGAGGAAUGUGUUCCUUUACGGUUGUAGCAUCAAAGAGACUUUGUGGCAGGCAGAGUCUGCUGUGGGCAUAUCCAAUCUCUUGGAAGAUGUCAGCUACAGGACUCUUCCCAAAAUCCUUGAUAAACUAGCACCAGCAUUCACCUUAAGCAGUUGCAGCUUCCUCGUGGAGAAAUCCCGAGCCUCCACAGCACGGGUAGUGGUGUGGAGAGAGAUGGGGGUGUCCAGAAGCUACACCAUGGAGAGCAGCUACUGUGGCUGCAACCAGGGCCCCUAUCAGUGCACAAGGGAAUUUGUUGAGCGAAAUAAAUCACAAAAUGCGAAGCCCCUAGAUGGUCUGCAAGGUCUACAGUUUGGUACCAGUGAACUGGAGGAGAUGGGAUCUAUGUUCUGCUUGGGCCUCCUCAUCUUGGAACUCAAAUCUGUAAGCUGCAGCCAUCAGCUGCUGACCUGUGCAGCAGCUCUACUGAAUGCUGAGGAGUCAUCCCUGGACCACCACCUCCAGCGGUAA